AUGUCCCAUCGUCUCUUCUGGAAACUGUUCACAGCAUUGGCCUGGAAGAACUGGAUGGUGCUCUCGAAGCAUCCUUGGCUUAACAUUCUUCAAUGCUUUAUUCUUCCCAUUGCAUAUGGCAUAUUCCUUGCAGUCGCACAGCUCUUCCUCGUUAAGCCAAACAAUUACAGCCUAGGAACCACCAUUACCAUACCGUGCCUCGCUGAUCAUUAUGACGGCUCGUUGGCACUGGUGUGGGCAGAUGGCAUGAAUGGCAGUGGCUCGCCAUGUUCGACCGAUAUUAUAUCGCACAUUACUAGAGGCUUCACCUCCAAGCAUCUAAGUCAUGUCAAGAAGGCGGACUCCCUGAAUGAUGUCCCUUCACUAUGCCCAGAGAAUUUCAACGGCCACUCCAAAUGCUACACUGCAGUGGUCUUUAACUUGCUGCCUGGAUCUAGUGGCAAUGCAAGUUCUGUGGUGCAAUACAACUACAUGCUUCGGAACAGCACACAAGCAGCUACGAAGAACAUGUGCUGCCGUUGCAGUGGGCAAUAG